GGGGAUCGGUGGAGGCCGAACAAACCACAGCCAACUUCACCCUGACGCCGCACGGAGAAGAAUGCAGAGUCCGCGCUGAUUUUGGAUGCCAGUCAUGCCCACCCUGUGAGGUCUUUCACCAUCUGGAAACUUCUCCUCUGUUCCCGCUGUGCCGGCAGACGGUCCGUGGAUCCGUGGAUCCGUUUUCUUUUCCCUGCUAGGAGUUGGCUGUGCAUACAACUGGCGCGAUGUCCCUGCUCUUCUCUCCAUGCAACUCCAUCGUCACGGGCAAGAAGGACAAGAGACACAUGGCCGAGGUGAAUGCGUCUCCGCUCAAGCAUUUCGUCACCGCCAAGAAGAAGAUCAAUGGGAUUUUCGAGCAGCUGGGGGCCUACAUCCAGGAGAGCGCCACCUUCCUGGAAGACACCUACCGGAAUGCAGAGCUGGACCCGGUCACCACGGAGGAGCAGGUCCUGGACGUCAAAGGUUACCUGUCCAAAGUCCGGGGCAUCAGUGAGGUGCUGGCCCGGCGGCACAUGAAGGUGGCCUUCUUCGGCCGGACGAGCAACGGGAAGAGCACCGUGAUCAAUGCCAUGCUCUGGGACAAGGUGCUGCCCUCGGGCAUCGGGCACACCACCAACUGCUUCCUGCGGGUGGAGGGUACUGACGGCCACGAGGCCUUCCUGCUGACGGAGGGCUCGGAGGAGAAGAAGAGCGUCAAGACCGUGAACCAGCUGGCCCACGCCCUGCACCAGGACGAGCAGCUGCACGCCGGGAGCCUGGUCAGCGUCAUGUGGCCCAACUCCAAGUGCUCGCUGCUCAGAGAUGACCUGGUGCUGAUGGACAGCCCUGGCAUCGAUGUCACCACAGAGCUGGACAGCUGGAUUGACAAAUUCUGCCUGGAUGCCGAUGUGUUUGUGCUGGUGGCCAACUCGGAGUCCACCCUGAUGCAGACGGAGAAGCAGUUCUUCCACAAGGUCAGCGAGCGCCUGUCCCGACCCAACAUCUUCAUCCUCAACAACCGCUGGGAUGCAUCUGCCUCGGAGCCCGAGUACAUGGAGGAGGUGCGGCGCCAGCACAUGGAGCGCUGCACUGGCUUCCUGGUGGAUGAGCUGGGCGUGGUAGACCGAGGCCAGGCCGGAGACCGCAUCUUCUUCGUGUCUGCCAAGGAGGUGCUCAAUGCGCGGAUCCAGAAGGCCCAGGGCAUGCCUGAAGGAGGGGGCGCUCUGGCCGAGGGUUUCCAAGUGAGGAUGUUCGAGUUUCAGAAUUUCGAGCGGAGGUUUGAGGAGUGCAUCUCCCAGUCUGCCGUGAAGACCAAGUUUGAGCAGCACACGGUCCGUGCCAAGCAGAUCGCGGAGGCCGUGCGCCUCAUCAUGGACUCCCUGCACGUGGCAGCCCAGGAGCAGCGGGUGUACUGCCUGGAGCUGCGCGAGGAGCGGCAGGAGCGGCUGCGCUUCAUCGACAAGCAGCUGGAGCUCCUGGCGCAGGACUACAAAGUGCGCAUCAAGCAGAUGACCGAGGAGGUGGAGCGGCAGGUGUCCACAGCUAUGGCCGAGGAGAUAAGACGCCUCUCGGUGCUGGUGGACGACUACCAGAUGGACUUCCACCCCUCCCCGGUGGUGCUCAAGGUCUACAAGAACGAGCUGCACCGCCACAUCGAGGAGGGGCUGGGCCGCAACAUGUCUGACCGCUGCUCCACGGCCAUCGCCGGCUCGCUGCAGGCCAUGCAGCAGGACAUGAUCGAUGGCCUGAAGCCCCUGCUGCCGGCGUCCGUGCGCAGUCAGCUGGACAUGCUGGUCCCCCGGCAGUGCUUCUCCCUCAGCUACGACCUCAACUGUGACAAGCUGUGUGCGGAUUUCCAGGAGGACAUCGAGUUCCACUUUUCUCUCGGGUGGACCAUGUUGGUGAAUCGGUUCCUGGGUCCCAAGAACAGCCGCCGAGCCCUGAUGGGCUAUAACGACCAGGUGCCGCGGCCCCUGCCCCUGACGCCCGCCAACCCCAGCAUGCCCCCGCUGCCGCAGGGCUCGCUCACCCAGGAGGAGCUCAUGGUGUCCAUGGUCACAGGCCUGGCCUCCCUGACGUCGCGGACCUCCAUGGGCAUUCUCGUGGUCGGCGGAGUGGUGUGGAAGGCCGUGGGCUGGCGCCUCAUCGCCCUCUCCUUUGGCCUCUACGGCCUCCUGUACGUGUACGAGCGCCUCACCUGGACCACCAAGGCCAAGGAGCGGGCUUUCAAGCGCCAGUUUGUGGAGUACGCCAGCGAGAAGCUGCAGCUCAUCAUCAGCUACACGGGCUCCAACUGCAGCCACCAAGUGCAGCAGGAACUCUCCGGAACCUUUGCUCAUCUCUGCCAGCAAGUUGACGUCACCCGGGAGAAUCUGGAGGAGGAGAUCGCCGCCAUGAACAAGAAAAUCGAGGUUCUUAAUUCACUUCAGAGCAAAGCCAAACUGCUCAGGAACAAAGCCGGCUGGCUGGACAGCGAGCUCAACAUGUUCACACACCAGUACCUGCAGCCCAGCAGAUAGUGGCCGCGGGCCGCGCCAGAGGCAACCCCGUCCCCGCCUCCACCGUUUCGAGCCCCUAGAUGCUAGUUCUCCCUCUUUCGCCUGCUGUUGCGGGAAACCCUCUGGCUCAUUCCCCCAAAGGCGACUUUUAAACGAUGAUCCGUGGACAGUGUGGACCCCGGGGCCUUGGCUUUGUCAGGGUCCCCCGAUGGGGGAGCAUUUGAUGCUUGAUAAGGUCCGGGGACUUUGCCGUAUUGCAGGAGCCCCUCGACAAACACCCCAUUCCCCACCACAUUAUACACUCAACACACGCUCAUGUAUACACACACUCAUACACUCAAGCACACACACACACACACACACACAUGCACACACUGGCCCUGGUCACCUGAGGGGGUGCCGGCUGCUUCUCCCCUGGCAGCAGAACUAGGCCCAGUACUUGUGGCUCAUGUCACUUGUCCUUCAGCUUUGCUGCUUUGUCCCCAGACAGCCCAUCAGACACAUUGAUGGUGGGGCCCAGCCUGCUGUGGUCCGAGGGUGCGGGAAGCUGGAUUCGGAGAAACCGAGGACUGUGGUUUGUGGAGGGUCCCCAGGCAGGUGGUGUCCGCGAGAGAAGGGCCGUCCCCUCCUUUCCUGUGGCCCUCGUUCUGCUCUCAGCCCCUGGCCUGUGUUGUCCGGGUUGGGUUUUGGUGAAAGGUGCUUUGGUCCAGAUGGUGAAAGGACGUGGUAGAAGGGAGGGUGGUGGAAGGUGAGCCACGGCCUGUACAGCCGAGGCCGUGGGCCGUGGGCCCCACCCCACUGGCUUGUUGGCAUCCCUGUUCAUCCCUGUGCUCUUUCUCCGUCCUGGCCACCGCCCCCUGCACUUAGUGAUGCUAAGGCCAGUGACAACUACAGCCCUCCCGCCUCCCUGGCCCCAGGAGCCACUGCUGACGCACGCCACCUGAUUUACCGAGAACCGUUUCCUGUUGUCUGGUGCGGGGGGUUGCGACCAGCCUAGGUGGGUUUGGGUCCCUGUGUCCGAGGUGUCAGAACUCAGGGCCAAGUGACCUCACCAUCAGGUGACGGAACCCUCUCCGCCCCGACCAAAGGACGUCCAGAACAAACAGCAGAGACAUGGCCUUGACUCUGGCGCUGGCAGCGACCACACAGCGAGCACCCCAGGAUCCCGCGGUCCCCCACGCCAAGUAAACGGUGGAAAGCGUUUUGCUGGGGCCACGCUCAGCAUGCGGGGAGAAGUGGGUGUCCCACAACUCCAAGAACUUUACUUUUUUGGAAAAAAAAAUUUUGAAAGACCAUACAUGAAUUUUUUAAGGUAGCCCCUGGCAUGAAAUAUGAUUUUGAGCUUCUUAUGUUCAGUGAAAUUUAUACCGCUGAGAGACUGUAAGAAGCGUGGCGAAAAGCACUUUAAUUUCAUGCUGCUCUCAGCCUUGUGCUCAUUGAUGCUGGUUUGCUGGAGCGGGAAGACGUGCUAGACUGGGCAGGAUUUUUCUCCGAUGUAUUUAAGGUGAUAUCUUCGCCUGAAUUACCCCCUGUAUCAUUGCUGGUAAUAUCGGAAACUCAAAUAAACCCUAGUUGGAAACCUGG